AUGGCAAUAGGAGGUUUCGAGAUGGAGCUUUUAAUGACAAAGCUCGAUUAUUUGCAAGAUAAACUGCAAGCGGUGGAGCAAACUAUGAAAAGUUCGCUGAAGGAAACGGAGCUGCGUCUACAAGAGAAGCUUGAAAAACACGAAAAUAAAAUCAACGAAAAGAUCGACUAUUUGGAAAACAUUGUUAAGACAAGUGAAGAGAAUACACGGACCAACUUAGAAGAAGUGAAGAAUCAGUUGAUUUCCAGGAUGGACAAUAUGCAGCUACAACUGUCGACUGAAACAAAAACAAUCCAGGAAAAGACCCAAACUGAACUGAAGCAACUUGGAGAGAACAAAAAAACUCUCGACAUGUUGACAGAUUUGGUACGAAAUAUUAGUAUCCAAGGAAAAUUCACCACUAAGUUGCUUAACUUUAUGCAUCCAGUGAGUUCAUGUCGGCAAGCUCUCAGUAUAUCGGAUACUUACAUGUUCAAAAUAGGGGAGGAUAGCAAACCAUUCAACGUCUUUUGCGAACAAAAUAAGCUCGAGGGCGGCUGGAUUGUAAUCCAGCAUAGGUAUGAAGGCUCAGUCGAUUUUUAUCGGAGCUGGACGGAGUACCGAAAUGGAUUCGGGAAUAUUAAUGGUGAAUUCUGGCUUGGGCUAGAAUACGUGCAUCAACUUACCAAAAACCGACCGCAUGAACUGCUGGUGGAAAUAAAAGAUUUUCAUGGAAACUACGGAUACGCUAAGUAUGAUGAGUUUGAGAUAGGGGACGAAUCAGAGUUGUAUGCGUUGAAGAAGUUAGGAACAUACUCAGGGACAUCAGGUGAUUCGAUGGAGAUCCACAAGAAUCAAAAGUUUAGCACAUUCGAUCGAGAUAAUGACAGGUGGAAGGAGGGUAAUUGUGCUGAGCUUAGGCACGGAGCCUGGUGGUACAACGAGUGCUACAAUUCCAAUUUGAACGGGCGUUAUCGGAACACAACAAAUGAUUAUAGUGCGAUGAUGUGGUACCAUUUCAAAACCGACGUUCGUGGUUUGUCUUACUCGCGAAUGAUGAUUCGCGGUAUUAUUAAUUAA